AUGUCCCAAUAUCAGCCUGGUCAGCAGGCGUAUUACGGACAGAACAGCAAUAAUGUGAAUGGAUCCGCGCAACCCGCACCACAUUCCUCUCAGUACGCACCUUUUCCUCCUCAACCAGACCAGGUACCACCUCUGAGACGGACACCCAGCUACAUUGCCGGCGAUGACUCGGUAUAUGCUCCUGGCUCAGAGACGAUCCAGGGAGGUCAAGGGUUUCCGCCUGUUGCAGGAACUUACAACACGUUCGCAAACACAGCGCAGGCUAAUCUAGGCUCGAGACAUUCUCAAUUCUCUGUUGGCAGUUCUCAGCGAUCGAACCCGAGCCGUACCUCUUCCCAUGGAUCGUCGGCGACAUCUACGUACCAAACGCAGCCGUAUUCGCAGACACCGACUCAGUCAAACAUAGCUUACAAUCCCCAACAAUAUGCACGACCUCAUUCGCUUUCUCAGCCGCCUUCAAUGUCUUAUAAUCCUCAAGCCUAUACGAGCGUCAAUAGCAAUGCAGGACAAGCUUAUCAGACCUACAACCCGGCUGCUUAUCAGCCGAACCCAGGGACCGGAUACACCGCGCCAAACAUUCUCCGACAGCCGUCCACGCGCUAUUAUUCGCAACCGCAGCCUUCCUACACGAUGCCUAUACCUUCUCCACAAUCACAACCGCCGCCUCCUCCCCCUCGCGGCACGGAUCAUCCAUAUGGUCCCCGUUCACCUCAGCUAUCAGACUCUUCUCCGAAUCCCAGUAAUAGCUACUCGUAUUCGAGCCAGACUUCACCCUCCCUAGGUUAUCGCUCAUCAGUACACCAAUCGAACCAGACGUCGCCGGUCUACGCAUCGAAUUUAUCCUAUACAACUGCCAGCCCACAAUCUCUUCCUUCCCGGCAGAGCUCCCACGCAUCGCAAGCGCAUGGAUACUUUCCGCAAAUACCUUCUUCAACUUCAGAGCCGUUGAUUGAAGAGCACCCCCCUGCUCCACCAGCACAUCAACGUUCAAGCUUAUCAGGACCUUCUUUGAGAGCGUCGGAGGCUUCCUCAGUUUAUCAGUCGCCGCCAUCAUUGUCUCCUAGGAGAACUGAUACUCUCACCCGACAUCCUCAAUCUCGUCCCCUUCCUGGUCCACCGUCCUCAGAUGCAAAUGAAGCUGUCUCGUACAACGGCGCCGGAACUACAUAUGAAGAUCUUAUGAAGGAAGUAGAGGCAGCUGUGCAAGGAAGUUCUCAGGGCAUGGGGCGUAAUGGAUUCGGGCGAAUACCCUCUUUGGAGGCGCAACCGCAUGGAGAGGGAAGUUUUCGGCCUUUGUUUAGUGAGGGAGCUCCUCGACUGAGCCCUGAUGAAAACCAUACCCACACGAAUGGGAGUGUGGCAACUGGCACUGGGCAGUAUGUCAAUUACGAUGCGUAUAGUGACGAGAGUGACGCCGAGGCUGCUGCUGGCAUCGCAAUGAUGCAAAUGGCGGAGGAAGAAGAAAGAGCCGAAGCGGAGCGACGGAGAAGCAGGGGUGGAACGAUAAGCUCCUUGUUCCCGACAUAUGCCUUGCAGCCGGCCGUCCCGACUACCAUAGUAUCGCCACAAGAGGCCAGCAGUGACAGCGACUACGCUCAUCACGACUUAUCUCUAUAUGGAGGAGGUUACGAAGGUCAAAUGCACUACGGCGAUACUCCAGGUCUAGAUGCCGAGACAAAGCUUGCCGCGACAGUGGAUUACUUUCCUCCAGCUGACGACGGUCAUUUCCCUGCAUUCCAUUUUACAACUCCGGCCAGAGUUGAUACAGGAGGCACAGGCGGUUUAUCUGAGCCGAGCGCACUGGGACGACAACUGAGCUUCGACUACGGAGACGAAGACGCUGAGCCCCUGUUAAACUUAGAGGAUGAUGAUGUUCCCUCUGGAAGCCAAAGUCCAGAAAAGGGGGAACCAGCGGACCUGUUUUAUCAUCCCGGAAUGCGCCCACUUCCACCCGCGCCUGUAGAACCAGCAAAUAAUGCAGACGUUCUAGCACAUUUGAUUCCUGCAGGGACUUAUCGCAACUCGCAGUAUGGUGAACAGGAAACUCAGUAUAGACCUCUUCCGCAACCCAUAUCUUCAGACUCGUCCGGACUGUCACUGCCGAAUCCGCAAGUUCCGCGGUCGACAUCUCUGUCGAGUCAUAGUAGUACUCCCCGUACUGACGCGCCCAUUAGGUCCAAGACCGAUGCGGAUCGGGUCAAGUAUAAACAGCAACAGGAGUUUUUGCGACAGCAGGCGGCGGACAAUUCUGUCGGGGCUCUGGGAUUCAAUGCAUCUCCAGAGCCUUCUGCUAUAGCUCUUGAUUUGCCUACUAUACCGGCCGGCAGGAGGAAGAAGUUCAACCCAGCGAAAUUGUCUUCGGAGCAAUUCCGCAAAUGUUCUGAGCCUUGGGCUCUCAGUUCAAUCGUGGCAUGGGUCAAGGAUUUGAGCGAAGAUGAGACUGACCUUAAAGAGCAAGCCGUUGUUGAUGCUAUUGUUGCAUUAUUUACACAUAAGGUACCAACAAUGAACACUGCUGAUGCAGAGACUUUAGGCUCUUCGGUUGUUAAGAACAUGCUGAAUGAAGGCGCGUUGAUAGUUGAUGAAGAAUGGGUCAAAUUUAGUGACAAGUCGCUGUCGGGUGUGUUGUUUCAGAUUACUGGCAGCGGAUGUUAUUCGCCACGCCUUCAUGCCCAAGAAACAGAGACAUACGGACGUUGUUAUUCGCAUCAUUGUAUGAGAACGCUAAAGAAGAUCAACCUUCGUGCUCAAGCUAUGGAGCCUCAAAAAAGGGCUCAGGAUUGGGUCACCUUCUAUAACGUGCCCAAGGAAGUAUGGGAGAGCCACCCACGCAAAGAGGUUGACCGGCAAAACAAUCUCCAUGAGAUCGUUACCACUGAAGAUUCAUUUAUAGAGCAGCUGGAUGUGCUGCGAGUGCUCUAUCGCGAUCAGUUAGCAACCAUGCAGCCUUCGAUCAUCAGUCCGAAGCGCCAGGAGAAGUUUUUGCGUGAUGUCUUUGGUAAGGUCGAUGCGGUUAAAAAAGUCAACGAAGACUAUCUUUUGGCACAACUCAAGUAUCGACAAAAAGAACAAGGUCCUUUUAUUGCUGGCUUUAGUGACAUUUUCAGAGAGUGGAUUCGAAAAGCUAAAUGGGUCUAUAUCGAUUAUGCGGCUACCUUCCCCAACGCAAACUACAUGGUCCGCAAGGAAGCUGAGCGAAAUGCUGUCUUUCGACAAUUUCUCAACCAAGCCCGUGAGAAUAAGCUGUCCAAUCGUUUGAGUUGGGAUACUUAUCUUAAGGCCCCUAUUACUCGCAUUCAGCGCUAUACUCUACUUUUAUCUACCGUGUACAAGAAUAUGCCGAAAGAUUCGGAAGAAAAGACUAACCUCGCACUGGCGAUUGAAGAAAUCAAGGUUGUUGCGUUGGAGUGUGACAACAAGGUUGGUGAGAUGACAAAGAAGGUCGAUCUGGCAGAACUCUCCGCGAAGCUACAAUUAAGACCGGGAAUGAGCAAAGAGGUCGAACUGAAUCUUGAACAUCUGGGGCGAGAGAUCAUGUUUCAAGGCGAUCUUCAGCGUCCUGGAACUCGAACGAGAUUCAACCUUGUGGAUACACACGCCAUACUGUUCGAUCAUUACCUUGUUCUAGCGAAAACUGUUCAGAUGCGCGACACGGCCAAGACUGGCAAAUUUGAAGUCUACGAUGUUUCUAAAUUGCCAAUUCCUAUGGACUUGUUGGUUCUCGAGAGCACAACUGACGACCCAGUGGUCAAAUCAUCCGUGAGAGGAGUCUCCACAGUCACACAACCAACGGCGGCAGCGGCAGCAGCACGAGGAGCCGGUCCAGGCACUCUCACACAAACAGGCACCGUCAACUCCGCCACCUCGUUCGUCGCAACAACCAAUCUUGAGAACUCCAAGGACGAUAAAAUAUUGUAUCCGUUCAAGGUCAAGCAUCUUGGCAAGUCACCCACCUAUACACUAUUCGCGCCAUCCGCUCAAAACAGGCAGGACUGGUGUCAAAAGAUUACAGAAGCCAAGACCAGACACGCUGCAUCGCUCUUUGCACAGAAUGCAGAACCCUUCCGGCUUCGAGUGUUGGCGGACGCCGCUUUCUCCUACGGAGAGGCUCCAGGGACAAAGACAGUCAUGAUCAAGGGAACGCCACUAGACCGCGCGAUUCGGGAGGUGGAGGCCAAAUACGCUAGUAUCGGAAUUCGACCCAAUCCUGUGUGCAGAGCUAUGGUCAAUUGCGCGACGGUAUUCCAGCAACCGGGUGGGCAGUUGAUAUGUGCUAUUGGCACUGACUUUGGAGUGUUCAUGUCGAGAUAUGACGAUCCGCGAGGUUGGCAAAGGGCAAUCACAAUUAGUCGAGUUACUCAAAUUUCAGUAUUUGAAGACUUUAACUUGUUGUUAUUGAUUGCGGACAAGUCUCUUAUAGCUUAUCAUUUGGAUGUGGUCUGUCCAACCAGUGGUACACCUUCUCAGACUUCUCAACAUGAUUCUGCGCGUCGAGCACCACAGAAGGUUUCUGGCAAUCGUGAGGUGGGAUUCUUUUCCGUGGGUAGAAUGAAGGACCGAGUUCUUGUUUUCUACAAGAAGCGGGAUGGCAUUUCAUCAACCUUCAAGGUGAUUGAGCCGGUCUUGCACAAAUCGGCCACGACUCGCUCACGCUUCCUUCCGAGCCGUCGUGGUCAGACGGAAGUCUUCCGCGAGUACGACGAAUUCUACAUUCCCGCAGAAAGCUACAACAUCAAUCUAUUCCACAGCUCGCUAGCCAUUUCUACACAACGAGGCAUUGAGGUUCUGACCUUGGACAAGAAACAGCCAUGGUCACUACCCAUCCUUAGCGCAACGGCCCCAGAGGCCCAGCCGUAUUUGACCAGUAUUGGAAACCGCAUCAAAGACUUGCGACCGUUGGGCAUGUUCAGACUGAGCGAUGCGGAAUUCUUGCUUGCCUACAGUGAAUGCGCGGUGUAUGUCAAUAAACUUGGCGACAUAUCUCGAAGCGUCAUCAUGGAAUUCGUCGGACGAGCACACACUGCUUGUCUACAUGGAAAAUUCCUGAUCCUGCUGAACGAUGACUUUGUCGAGGUCCGUAACGCGAUGAAUGGACGUUUGCGACAAGUCAUCCCAGGUCGCAAUGUGGUUUGCCUUGACGAUGGUGGCAAUAUGGGAGCUGUGGACGACAAGAUCUCUCAAGAAAGCAAUUUCGCUGGCGCGGGGACCAAUGGACAUGCCUCAUCGUCGUCUACCAGCGACCUUGCGCGUGCAGGUCGAACGGUGAAGAUUUGCAUGCAACAUCCGGAGUAUGAGCGCAGUCAGAUCGUGGUGGAGCUGAUUGCGAAUGAAGGACAGAAUGAUUAG